UGGUCGGACAGAGGCCUAAACGGACCGAAACCCUGGAUAUGGUUUGGAAAUACAUUCGAACAGUUGUUUCGUCCGAUUUCUCACAUCGAUAGAGAAAGGCGUCAAAAAUAUGGACCAACUUAUGGUGUAUUUGAAUCAAAUGAGCCAAUUAUGAUGACAUCGGAUCCAAAGUUAAUCAAAAAUAUUUUGAUCAAAGAUUUCAAUAUAUUUCGCAAUUCAAGGCCAGCAUUGCUAACACCAAGUGAUCAUCCAAUCUAUAGGUAUGUCGUCGACAAUACAGGCGACCAGAUUUGGUUACGGAUGCGAGCCGUCAUUAGGACACUGUUUACCGAACAGAAACUCAGAUCAUUGGCCAAAAAAAUUGACAGAAAUUUAGUUGACUUAACCAAUGAGUUGGACAAUGAAUUGGUUGGUCAGUCGUCAUCGUCGUCAGCACUAGUAGUCGACAUUAGGCAGUUGUUUGUCAAUCAGUCUAUAGAUUUGAUGGGAAGUGUUAUGUUUUCGUGGAAACAACAAAAUAAUACCCAACUUAUUAAGCGUUUAUUUUUUCCCUCUAAAUCAAGUAUAUUAGCCCAACUAGUGCUACCAAAAUUCAUGCUACAGGUGCUCAACAUGUCGACCAUUAUAUCUACCGAAGCGCUCGACCAGUUCGCUGAACUAACUAAACAGGAGUUAACUAAACGCCAGAAGACUACUGAUACUUAUGAAGACUUUUUACAAUCGCUGCUCAAUAGGUGUCCGGAAUUUAUGGGCAAAACUAAUGAAACAUCGGAAAUGUCAUCAAUUGAUCAAAUGAUGACCGAAGAGGAAGUGGUGGCCAAUAUGUUCUCACUAUUUCAGGGAGCGUUUGACGGACACUCACUAUCCAUGACAUUCAUUAUCUACGAGUUGGCCAUAAAUCCUGAUUGUCAGCAACGAGUCUACAAUGAAAUUAUUAGUACCUGUUUUCAGGAUAACAACAGCUCUACAAACCAAACAAUUGGCGAUCAGUUUGAUUGGGAAAUACUUAGCAAACUUGACUAUUUGAAUGCCUGUAUAUCGGAAGCACUGAGACUACACGCGGCUGUCAAUAGAGACGGACGGAUAGCCAAACAAGACUAUAUGGAUGAGACAACCGGUGUUACCAUCAAAAAGGAUCAGGUGAUCCAGUUUUCACGUUCAGCAGUACAGCGUUGUCCCGAUUACUACCGAAAGCCCGACCAGUUCAUACCCGACCGGUUCGUCAAACAUAACAAACACCUAUUGGUUGAUUCAGCGUAUCUGCCGUUUGGUUUGGGCCGUCGUAUGUGUCCCGGCUAUAAGUUUGCCCUAAUGGCCAUCAAAUUGACCAUGGCACAUUUGCUUAUUAGAUACAAGUUUGUAGCAAUCGAUGGCCAAACUGUAUUGAAAACCGAUCCGAUUGUCGAACACUAUACCUAUUGUCCGGAAAAGCUGUAUUUGAAAAUUGAAAAACGAUUAAUAUUUAAUUAA